CCGUUGGUCGAUGGCUCUCCUCGGGGCACGUCGUUGUACGAGAAGCGUUUCAUGUUUCCUCCUGGCUGCAACAAUAGCCGAUCGGUUACUAAGUCCCUUGAUCCGUUUUGGACUCCUAAGACAAAGACCGCCCUUAGGUGA